AAAGAAUCUAACUAAUUGCGAGCUUAAAGUUUGCGUAAUGGAUCAUACUAUGUAGUUUAAUUUACUAUUAAUGUCGAGAAUUAAAAAAAAUCUGAAAACAUGAGCAACAAGAGCUCCAGCUCCCAUCCUCCUCUCGUCUGCAUAAACGUAGCGUCGGAACUGCCCAUCAAGUUGUCCGGCGCCAAUUAAUUGGUCACGGCAGUUUCAUAGCCUUGUAGUUGGUCACGGACUGUGUGGUUACAUCGACGGUACUAGCCCUCCUCCAACCGACGACGUUACCUCCGCCGCCUUCCAACACUGGAACCGUCAGGACCAGCUUCUCUUUCACGCAAUCUUGGCGUCGGUUCAAGAAGAAACCGUCGCCCCCUUGAUCUUGACAUCUCCGUCUGCUCGCGAUGCUUGGCUGACCUUGGAGCGGCUCUACGCCAGAAGCUCACCAUCUCGUGUCACAGAACUGAACAAUAAGUUGUCGCGUCUGGCUCGAGGGAAGGAUGAAUCCGUCCUCGAGUUCAUGACUUCGUUGAAGCGGAUCGCUAACGAUCUCUUCAUCAUUGGCCACCCCAUUGACGAAUCUCAGCUUGUUCUCCGUGCCCUCGACGGUGUUGGUGCCGAGUUCAAGGACUUGGUUGAUGCCAUUCGUGCUAGAAACGCUCCGAUUUCAUUUUUGGAAUUGUUCGAGGAGCUUGUUGAAUUCGAAACGUUCCUGCGGAGAGAGGAGGUGGGUGAUACUACUAGUGUGGCUAUUGCUCCUGUCGUUGUUUGUCAGUACUGUGACGAGCCAGGUCAUUCUGCUAAGACCUGCCAGCGCAUCAUCAAUCCGCCUCAACGCUUUCUCACAACUGAAAAAAUUACCAAUGCUCUCAGGAACAUGUCCUUUAGUAAGUUCUUUCUGAAUCACAGCUUCAACAUCAAUGGUGAAUUGGUGAUGGUUCAGAAAUGAAUUUCAUAAGAGGAACUGUGAUGGCGAUCGUACUGCUGCUUCAACCUAUUGUCCUUCUAUUCAAGCUGCUGUUUGGAAGGAGAGCUCAAGAUGCUCCUCAACAACUACAGGCUAUCAACCACUCUGCCAUUGUUCCUGCUACAGUAGUGGCCGACUCAGAAGAUGGAAUAAAAAACAGUAACAAUAUUUCUCAACAAUCAGAUGCUACUGGCUCUGCUUCUUCUCCUUCCGCCCCUCCAGCUGGUUCUAAUUCCGGAGACGACGAUUCUAUUUCGCUUCCCCUUCCGUUCGCAGAGUACGAGGUGUUUCUGAGCUUCAGAGGUCCGGACACUCGUCACCAAUUCACAGACAUCCUUUAUCGUUUCCUCGUGCGAUUAAAAAUUCGUACAUUUCGGGAUGAUGACGAGCUACGAACGGGAGAAGGAAUAUGGCCCAACCUUGUCAAAGCCAUCGGACAGUCCAAGAUCCAUGUUCCUGUAAUGUCGGAGACUUAUGCUCACAGCAAAUGGUGUCUUAUGGAGCUUUCCGAAAUGGCUAAACGCCGAAAGCAAGAGAAAGGACACAUCAUACUCCCCAUUUUCUAUAUGACGAACCCUAGAGAUGUACGACAUCAAACCGGGCCUUACCAAAGCGCAUUUCAGCAACACGACAAGGACUUUGAUUCGGGAACUGUGCAGGAGUGGAGAGCUGCUUUGAAUGAGAUUGGAGCUCUAAAAGGAUGGCACGUCAAGAGCAAAGAUGAGCAGGGAGCAGUAUCAGAGUGUGUCUCUGAUGUUGUAUGGUCCCAUCUAAGCAAAAAUGACAAUUUUUCGGAUACAGAUGAGUUGGUUGGAAUUGAUGAUAGCGUUGAAGCAGUUGUAGAAAAAUUGAGCUUAGACGUUGGAGGUGCGGCAAUGGUUGGUCUUCAUGGGCUUGGUGGUAUUGGUAAGACCACUAUUGCCAGAGCAGUAUACAACAAGAUUUCUGCUCGCUUUGACCGACGUAGUUUUUUGGAAAAUAUACGGGAAACGCAACAGCAGAAGGAUGGUGGCAUCAGUUUGCAAAAGAAGUUAAUCUCUAACAGUAUGAGAAUAGAUUAUGUUGCACCUAUUAACAGUGUUGAAGAAGGAAGGAGAAUAAUACAAGAUAGAGUUUCCCAGUUCAAAGUUCUUAUCAUUCUUGAUGACGUGGAUGAGAGUUUUAAGUUUGAAGAGAUUUUGGGAAACUCUGGUAAUUUCGCUUGUGGAAGUAGGUUUAUAAUCACAUCCAGGAACAUGAAACUCUUGAGUACCUUCAACGAAAGCCGAUGCAAGUUGUAUGAAGUUCGUGAAAUGGGUCCUCAACUUUCUCUUCAACUCUUCUGCAAGUAUGCGUUCAAAACUGAUUCUCCUCCUCAAGAUUUCACAACUUUGUCGGAAAAAAUUGUCACGACCGCGGCAGGACUUCCAUUAACACUUAAAGUUGUAGGAUCGCUUUUGUUUCGAGAAGAAAAAUCAAUUUGGGAGGAUAAAUUGUCAAUGCUGGAGAAAGCUCCCCAAAAAGAGGUCAAAGAGAGGCUAAAAAUAAGCUAUGAUGCAUUGGAAUACGAGACCAAACAAAUAUUUUUGGAUGUCGCUUGUUUCUUUAUUGGCAUGGAAAUGAAAAUAGCUUCUUACUAUUGGAGGGAUUGUAAAUUCCAUCCAGUGAAUAGUAUUAAUAUCCUACUUCAGAGGUCCAUGCUGAAAAUUGGGGAUGACAAUGAAUUUCAAAUGCAUGACCAAAUGAGAGAUAUGGGGAGAGCGAUUGUGUGCGAGGAAAAUAUAGAAGAACCCUGGAUGAGGAGUAGGGUAUGGGAUGAUAAGGAAGGUACAGAGCUAUUACUCAACAAAAAGGGAUCGAAGCAGGUUAAGGCAGUGAGAGCAGAUUACCAUCGCUCUUUUUUGGGAGGGAUGAAACCCGGGCAGUUUCAGAAUUUACCGGAGUUGAGAUAUUUUGAAGCGGAGUUUGCUGAGUUCAGUGGAGACUUCAACAACCUUGUUCCAAAUUUAAAAUGGCUGCGCUUGCAUUUCCACUACAAUGAUGGCCAGGAGCCGACCAACUUUGACAUGAGUAAUCUAGUGAUUCUUGAUCUCAAAGGAUCCAUUUUCUUAACAGAUGAUUGGGGAGGUUGGAGCCAAAUAAAGAUGGCAAAGAAGCUAAAAGUUCUGGAUCUUUCCCAUUGUACUUCCCUAAUCAAACUUCCUGAUUUUCCUAAAUCUGGGAGUCUAGAAAUGCUAAAUCUUUCGGCCGAGAUAAGAAGCUUUGCUUCAUUUACAAGCAUGGAGCUGGAUAUCGGGAAUUUGUGGAACCUAAAAGUGCUAAAUCUGAAGGAGUGUGCACUAAAAAGGGUAACUGGCGGAACCAUUGGAAUGUUGAAGUGCCUUGAAGAGCUUGAUCUCACCAACCUACAGUGUAAUAAUUGGAAGCAACGGGUUGUUGAUAUUGGCGAAUUGCCAUCUCUUAAGGUCUUGAAAACGAUUGGGGUAAAGCAUAUUCCCUCGUACUUCGAGUCGAAUACCGAUGAUGAUGAAGAAGAAGAUGACGAUGAUGAAGUGGAGAGUGAAGGAGAAGGAAUCGAAAAACUUCCCCCAAGUUUGAAGGUUCUACACACUUCAUUCCGGGUUGCUAAUCUCUCGGAGCUAUUGGAGCUGGAGGAGUUAGUCGUCGAAAAUUGUGAUUUCGGACUCGAGAUCCCUCCCGUAGGAGACGACACAAAUGCUAAUAGUACCGCUCAUAUGUGGUGGAAGGUAUCCAAACUGAAGUCUUUGACGCUCCAUAAAACAAAGUUCAUCGUCGUCGCAGGAACUGCUCCAUCUUUCGAUCAGCUGCGGCUUCCGUCGUCUCUAACCACACUCAACAUCUCCAACUGCCCCUACUUGGAGUGGAUCCCAACCCUCGAGAACCUAAACAAUUUGACCGAGUUGACCAUCACCAAGUGCUCUAAGGUGCUGGAGGUCCGAGGCAUCCAAGGCCUGACUUCGUUGCAAUCUCUCGUGAUCGAUGACCGAGACGACUUAAUUCACCUGUGUGGCCUUGCCGAUCUAAUGCGUCUCAAAACGUUCGAGAUAAAAGAGUCCGCUCCCCUGUCAAGAGAAGCCCUACUCCUAAACGAUGAUAGUGAUGAUGUGUUUACACCUAAAAUUAUCUUGUACCACAUUGAUGAGUUACAAGGUAAUUAAUUAAUUUAUAAGACCAAACCAAUUAUAACAAUUAAUGUUAUUAAUUUGGG